AAAAGCCCCGCAAGAGAGGCCCCCAAUAAAUAGAAGCGACACGCCACCCCUACCAAACCCUACAGCGAGUUCGUCCCCUCCUCCUCCCUGCUGCUUCCGCCGAUCGACUUGCCCGCUCGAUUCCGCGAACCCCUCGGCCCGAUCGGCUCCUCCGGUCGCCUCCCUCGGCGCGCGCUUCGAUCGGUUGCUGGCGUUUGCGGAUGGCCAAGACUUGCUUCAAGAUGGAGCAUGACCUAGUGAAGAGGCAGUCUGAAUCUGCCAGGAUCAGGGAUAAGUACCCAGACAGAAUUCCUGUGAUUGUUGAGAAAGCUGGCAAGACUGAUGUCCCAGAGAUCGAUAAAAAGAAGUACCUUGUACCUGCUGAUCUCACCGUUGGCCAAUUUAUCUAUGUGGUGAGGAAGAGGAUCAAGCUGAGCCCGGAGAAGGCCAUCUUCGUCUUUGUUAAGGACACUUUGCCACCCACUGCCUCUUUGAUGUCUGCGAUCUACGAGGAGAACAAAGAUGAGGACGGCUUCCUCUACAUGACUUACAGUGGCGAGAACACCUUCGGCUCUGCCUAAGCAAUCGCACCCGUCACUGUAAAUAAACAAGCGUGAUCAGGCUGCUGCUGCCGUCGCAAACAUGGUGUACAUACACGUUGACUAUGCUGCCGGAUCGCUUCAUGGCUUAAUGCGUCCUUAGGUAGUCAAAUACUAUUUGCUUCUGGAUUGAAACAUUUGCUAUUCCACUAUUUCUGCACUUGCCUUUGGGCUCGUCUGUGAUUGGCUUUGUCUGUGUUCAUUAUGUUCGUUUUAAAUUGCCACUGCUGCCGGCGUAGUCAUCAUACUCUAUAAUUUUCUUGGUUCAACCGAUAGAUUACCAUUGCUCUAUCCGGUUAAUGACAAA